AUGCCCGGGACAGCCCCCCAUCCCAUCAUCCAUAUCAAUGGCUUCCCCGGCACUGGAAAGCUGACAGUCGCCCAAUAUCUGGUUGCGCAUGUCACCCUAGUGAAUCUAAAGCUAAUCCACAACCACCUUCUCAUCAACCCCGCUGAUGCCGUUCUCCACCGUACCCAACCAGGGUAUCAAGCUCUCCGGCGUUCUAUUCGUGGCGCUAUAUUUACGGCCCUUACCGAGCCCGCCACACAUGAUACAACCUACCUGUUCACAGAUUUUCAAACAGACAAUGAACAAGGUACCAGUGUAUGCCUAGAAUACGUGCGGGCUGCGCUGAAAAGAGGCUGUCCACUGAUUCCCAUUGUUCUGACCUGCGAUGAAGAUGAAAACAUCAAGCGCAUGACGAGAUCAGAGCGUGAGAAGCAUGCAAAGCUCAUGGAUACGGAGCUGCUAAGGAUGUUUCGCAGAGGAGCGCCGAUCUUCAAGUUCGCUGACAGGAAAUAUUUGGAGAUCGAUGUGACACACUUGGAGCCGGAGGAGGUAGCGAGGAUUAUAUGGGAGCAUGUUUUACGGAUUUGUCCUGAUUUAGGGGGCGCGUGGUCUUGA